UUCUACAGUGUUUCCGCUUACUUCGCAGCACCGAGGAAGAAACGAACUAGCUAGCUGAUAAGAUAACAGCUGCCGGGACGAAGCGAAAGCUAUAACACCGCAGGAAAGACGUCGAAUCGCGGUUAUAUAACUAAACAAUUACUGUAGUCUGGCAAUUUGAAUUAUUUGAGUCAAUGACCCGAUAGUGAGAACGAAGAGGAGGGCUUGCGGGCAGGAGACCUUUACGUUGGUUGAGCCUUAGAGUACGGUAGAGCAGGGAGCCUGGGGAAAGAUGUGCGAUGGAAUGGUAGUGUGUGAGACAAGAGCCCUCUCCCCCUCUUCCUCUCUGGUCCGCAGACUGGCCACAUCCACACUCCUCCUCCUCACUCUCCUGGCUCACGGACAUGCAUCAGGAUGUCCGCGGCCGGUGGAUGUGCAGCAUGGGGACCUGGUGAACCAGACUGAGGCCAACCGAGGCUCCUUCCCUCCUGGCACCCUGCUGUCCUAUGUCUGUGAGGCAGGCUACGAACCCGACGGGCCGACCUCCACCACCUGCACCCCUGCUGGCACAUGGUCCCACCCGCCCCCACACUGCACACGCAGCAAUGUGUGUUCCCCUCCCACGGAGCCGGAGAACGGUGGGUACAGGUGCCACCCGUCUCCCUGCCACCGACUCACCCAGAAAACCGUGAUCGAGUACUUCUGUGAUGAGGGCUACGCUCUGAAGGGCGACUACAAGUUCCUCACCUGCCAAAACGGGGAGUGGGACGCGCCCAUGCAGAUCACCUGUCGACUCAGCGAAGAUAAGGAGCCGCGGUCUCCAUUGGCAAUGCCGGCCCUGUCCAUCGUUGCGUCCACAGCCUCCACUGUAGCUCUCAUUCUGUUAUUGGUGGUAUUGUUUGUCCUGCUGCAGCCCAAGCUCAAGUCCUUCCACCACAACAGGCGUGAGCAGGGUGUAUCAGGCCAGCCAGCCUCCAUCAUGGUGGAGGGAGUCCAGGUGACUCUUCCGUCAUAUGAGGAGGCUGUGUACGGGAGCGGUGGUGCCUCUCUCCCCCCUCCUCCUGAGUCCCGGGUCCAGAUAGUCCUGUCAGAGGGGCCCCAGGGGGCAGAAGGUGGAGUGGCCGUAGCGGGCCCCAGCAGAUCCCAGUCCCUCCACAGAGACAGAGACACGGACCUGUGCCUCCCGUCCACUUCCUCCUCCUUCCCGUCGUCCUCGCGUCACGCUGAGACCGUACUGGUCCACCAGGCCCCCUCGUCCUCCUUGUUGCCGUGGGUUACAGAGCACGGGGGCGGUGCGUGUGGGGGCGCGGCCAGACGAAGAGACUCGGAAAGCAGCGACCAGCACAGCCUGCUGUCUGUCACUUCUAUCGACGACUUCUCUGAUGACAUCCCCCUGUUGAAGGAGGCCUGAAGCCUUUGGUAGCAGGAAAUACUGAGGCUUCCACUGUGGCCCACCUGGCCUUCUCCUGAUGUCUCUGAACUACAGAAUUACCCAGCGCAACAAAGGCAGGAAUCAAGUCAAAGAUGCUACACCCCCCCCCCCCACCUCCUGUCCGCAUCACUUUAAACAGCAGAGCUCUGCUGCACAAUCUCCAUUAGGUGCAGGAGCCUGCACCUGAUUAACCUCCCUCUCCUGGGCUUUAUCUCAAACCGCAAGGCUAGUGGCUAAAAUAAUGACGCUUUUAUCUCUGUUGACGAUGACGACGGUGAUACAAUAUGCUCCUCCUCCCCAGUCCACUCUGUUCCUCCUGUGUAUUGAAGGUUUUACCCUGGAGAAGAUAAAGGUCCCGUGUCGCCCUGAAAGGGGUCUCUCUCUCUCUCUCGGGUUUGGGCGUCGGUCUCGCCGUCCACAACGUCCUGCAGGCCCCACGGCGACCCACGCAUGUCCACUCUGAAUCAGACCGAUCACGUGAGACACUGUCCGACUCCGCAGCCACGCCCUGGCAUCGCCCUGCUGGACGCCGUCUAUGGUCAGACCGUGGGACUCUCAUCUGAGGGACUAGUGUCUCGUCCGAGUGACACCACCACGUCAGAAGAUGGUGCGUCUUGGCUGGAUUGGCGGAGGAAUACGUCACCGAGGAAAGUCGCAGCAGUCAGAUAAUUCUAUAUCAACAGGAAAUGUAAAUUGUAAUGUGGAUUAUAAUUAAUGGGAUUUUCUUUUAAGGCAAAUCAAGUUUGGGAUGUUAGUGGAGAUCUAAAACCUCUGAAGCCUUGUGAUGUAUUCAGUCUGAACAUCGAAUGCACUAUGGGUUUUUCGUCUCCAGCCGUGCAGGGGAACAUUUCUGCAAUAACGGGAUGGACAAAUGAACAUGCAGCAUCUGUACACAGUCAGACAGGAGUCACACGCUUGCCUUUUUCUGUUUGUCACAGCAUCGAUGUGUGUUG